AUCUUUUGAACUCUCUGUUUAGGACGAUUUAUUUACUCAAUGGUUAAAAGAUUACUCAUCAUUCCAAAGGAAAUGUGAGGUUAAUUUAAAUGGACUAAAAUGAAUAAUGAAUGAUUAUUAAUGAUGAUAACGAUUGAAUUCUACAUCAAAGACGACUGUUAAAGUUAAUUGAGGUAUUGACAUUUAUUGUUGAUUGAGAUAUACAUUUAUUGUGUAGAAUUCAAUGUUUAAAAAUGGGUGCAAGAAGUAGUCAAUUUACUGAAGAAGAGUUGCAGGAUUAUCAGGAUUUAACAUACUUUACAAAGAAGGAGGUUUUACAUGCUCAUCAAAAGUUUAAAGCACUUGCACCAGAGAAAGUUGGGCAUAACAGAAAUGCAAAACUUCCAAUGUCUAAAAUUCUACAAUAUCCUGAACUUAGGGUAAAUCCCUUUGGGGAUAGAAUUUGUAAGGUUUUUAGCUCUAGUCAGGAUGGCGACUGUACCUUCGAAGAUUUUUUGGACAUGAUGUCAGUAUUUAGUAAUGCUGCUCCAAAGGCUGUAAAAGCUGAACAUGCAUUUAGAAUAUUUGAUUUUGAUGGUGAUGAUAUGCUUGGUGUGGGAGAUUUGAGGCAAGUGGUUGACAGAUUAACUGCACCCCAGAGAUUGAAUGACAAUGACAUGCAGCAAGUUCUCCAAUAUAUCCUUGAUGAAGCUGAUCUAGAUGAUGAUGGUGCUCUAAGCUUUGCAGAAUUUGAGCACAUUAUAGAAAAAAGCAGUGAUUUUUCUAAGAGCUUUGCUAUUCGUUUAUAAAAAUAUGACACAUUUUUUAAUAAAAAAUAGUCAACAAAAGACUGAGCAUAUUGGUUAAUAUUGAGUACCACAUAAUAUAUUGAUAAAGUAGACCUAAUAUGUAAUUCAAGGAAAAAAAAAUAUGUUCAGCAUCUGUGGAAUGUGCCAAGACUUUACAGUUGGGCCUAAAACAAUACCAAAGAAGCUCUAAUUUUUUAAUAUUUUAUUGAACUAUUAUUAUAUGUUAUUAUGAUAAAAGAAAUAGUAUUUCUAAAUAUAAAAUUAUUUUCGCGUUGCUUCCAGUUUCAAGCAUCAUCAGUCCUAUAUAUAUUCUUGUAGUAUUGUUAUAAAAGCACAUAUUGCAUGAUUA